UUUUUUUUACACUGACUAGCGACUUGGAAAGGAAAAAUAUUUUAACAUUACCGUGCAGGCGUUCAGCGCCUAUUCCGAUACAAUGAGCAAAGCUGGCGGGCCAUUACACUUUAAAUGGCCCUACUAUAGCGUAGUUUACUAGUGCAAGGAGACGCAGGGUAGCUGCUGCAGUGAAAGGAGAUCCUGCCGUAAUUUGGUUAAGACAAAACCGCAGUCAGCUAGAAGACCAGACCAGAGUCUAAGAUGCCCUGAGUGGGAGAAGAGAAAUGUAAAUGGCUUCCAAAGUAAAAGAUGCUGUGGUGUGGUACCAGAAAAAGAUUGGCGCCUAUGACCAGCAGAUAUGGGAGAAAUCGGUGGAGCAAAGAGAAAUUAAGGGCUUGAGGAACAAGCCAAAGAAGACGGGACAUGUCAAACCAGAUCUUAUAGACGUGGACCUGGUCAGAGGUUCAGCAUUUGCUAAGGCCAAACCAGAGAGUCCGUGGACGUCGUUGACCAGGAAGGGCAUCGUCAGAGUCGUCUUCUUCCCGUUUUUUUAUCGAUGGUGGAUCCAGGUCACCUCCAGAGGCAUCUUCCUCCUCCUGCUGUCUCUCUAUCUGCUGCAGGUGGCAGCAGCAGUCCUGUACGUGACCAUCCCUCAGCCUCAUGGGAUACCAGCUACAGAGGUGUUUGAAGCCAUCUGGCUCAUGCUGCUGCUGGGAACCGUCCACUGUCAGAUCGUCUCCACCAGAACCCCCAAACCCUCCUCCAGCAGCGGGGGGAAGAGACGCAGGAAGUUGAGGAAGGCAUCUCAGAUGGAGGUGCAUAGGGAAGGAGACGGGUCUAGUACUACCGAUAACACACAGGAGGGGGCGCCGCACUCUCACUCAGCCAGCUCCACUUACAGCCUGGGUGCUUUCUUCCAAGAUUUCUGGCAUGAUAUCUGUAAAGCUGGAUCUAAGAAGUCCAAGCUUUCCAUCGAUAAAUCAACAGAGACGGACAACGGCUACGUGUCUCUGGACGGCCGCGUGACCAAUCGCAGCAGCGAGGAGGGACUCCAGCUGCACGAGCAGCGGUGCGAGGCCCUGAACCGAGGAGAUGAAAUGUGCUGGAGCCCACACAUCCAGCCCCCCCACAUCCACACAGCCCGCAGCUCAGGGCUGCUCCUGCCCACUAGCAACAAGGGGCCGGCCUCAGAUGAGGCAUCGAGCGAGGAGGACCCUGAGUCGUCCUACAGCGCCCUCCGCAGAGGAGCGGAAAGAAGGAACAGCGACUGCACGCUCAGAAACCGCAAGAGUACUCACCAUUACAAGAAGCACUACCACGUGGAGGACAUCCCAAAAUCUGGAACCAGCUGCAGCUCCAGAUGUUCCAGUCAGAGAACUCAGGACUCUGAGAGCACUCGUCACGAGUCUGAAACAGAGGACUUGAUGUGGGAGGACUUCCUGCACUGCGCCGAGUGCAGAUCAUCCUGCACCUCAGAGACGGAGGGAGAAGGAGGAGGAACGUCUGUAUGUCCUCCUGGUAAAAAGGAAUACAGAGAUGACCCGUUCCACCAGAGUCACGUUCCCUGGCUGCACAGCUCCAACCCUGGCUUGGAGAGGGUGAGCGCCAUCGUGUGGGAGGGGAAUGAGUGUAAGAAGGCAGACAUGUCUGUGCUGGAGAUCAGUGGAAUGAUCAUGAAUAAAGUGAAUCUUUACACUCCGGGUAUUGGGUACCAGGUCUUUGGGAACCUGGUUUCAGUGGCACUAGGACUUACACCCUUCAUAUACAGGCUGGCUCAGCAUCGUGACCUGGAUCAGCUGACCACUCUCUCAGCAAAUGAGAUGUUGUCUGUAGCUCUGGGGGGUGGGUGUGGCUCGGAUUUCUUGGUGAUUACCAUGGUAACGCUCAGCUUCCUGGUGCGCGCUUGCCUUAUAUGGCUCUUCUUCUUCCUGCUCAGUGUGGCGGAGCGGACCUACAAACAGAGGCUGCUGUUCGCCAAACUGUUUGGUCACCUGACUUCAGCCCGCAGAGCCAGGAAGUCUGAAGUUCCACAUUUUAGACUGAAGAAAGUUCAGAACAUCAAGAUGUGGCUCUCGCUACGCUCCUACCUCAAGAGACGGGGUCCUCAGCGGUCAGUGGAUGUCAUCGUUUCAUCGGCCUUCCUCCUGACGCUGUCAGUUGUCUUCAUCUGCUGUGCUCAGCUUCUUCACGUCCAUGAAACGUUCCUGGAGUACCACUACAACUGGGAGUUGGUGAUCUGGUGCUCCAGUCUGUCUCUGUUCCUGCUCAGGUUCGUCACUCUGGGCUCAGAGACCAGCAAGAAGUACAGCAACACCUCCAUACUGCUCACCGAACAGAUCAACUUAUAUCUGAAGAUGGAGAAGAAGCCCAACAAGAAAGAGGAGUUGACUCUGGUCAACAACGUUUUAAAACUGGCCACCAAAUUACUCAAGGAGUUGGACACUCCGUUCAGGUUGUAUGGUUUGACCAUGAAUCCUCUCCUCUACAAUAUCACACAAGUGGUCAUCUUGUCUGCUGUAUCAGGAGUCAUAUCUGACCUGCUUGGGUUCAAUCUGAAGCUGUGGAAGAUCAAAUCAUGACAUGAAGGUCAAACUCAAUCCUCACAAAGACUGUCGACACAUCCGAGUGCCCUGACCUUCAACGUUUCCACUUUGUGCAAUUCACAAACAGUUUACCCACUCAGUGUUUUUACUUAGGGUUUAUUUGAAUUCUAGGUCUCUUGGUUUUUUACAGAAACUUCUGUAAGUUAGUAUUAUUGACAUAAAUUAUGGUUUAUGUUCUGAAUGGCUUUUGAGACUUUUCUUUAAUUUCACCUCGUGUGAAGGCUGUUUCAGGGCAACAGUUAUUUUAGGUAAUUUCCUAAACUUUUAAAGCUGUUUUUUUUUAUUGUUUCUGACAAAAAUGUUGGAACGGGUCAAGUAAAAUUUCAUUUUUUGCAGUCCUGUGCUGAAGGGGAUUUACGUUAAACGUUUAAACAUAUGCUGUUGGAUUUCCCCUGAUCUACCAGCUUUCACGUGUUCAUACCUGAUGAUCACUGUCCUGCAGGUCCGGUUCUGUAAAGUACUUCCUGGGCUUGUUCUCUCUCUCUCAGCACUGAAACCACAGAGUCACACAGUCGAUUCCGAUUUCUUUAACGGGUGUAAACUCUUCAGUCCGUCAUCCUCACGUCAGUUUCAGCAAUACUUGUAGAACGUUUGUUUACUUUACAGAGCUGACGUGGCUCAGAAGGAGGAUCUGAUUCUGCUUUAUUUUAUCUUAAAUGACAAACGUCAGCUUCUCCAGUUAAGUCACUCAGAAUAAAACAUGAAAACACAACUCCAAACCUUCAGAUAGAAACCAUCUAUGUGCUGUUCUGGGUUUAGCUCACCUUACUGGGUUUAAUUUCAUACUUAAAGAUCCCUCACAUACGUUCUGUCACACAGAAGCUUUGUUUCAAAUCACCUCCAUCCAUCACAAGUCUGUAUGCGAAUCAUGAUAUGCACUUUAAAAACAGACUAUGCGGAACAAAAGGUUACAUCGUCUCAUGUUUCUGUACCUCUGUGUGUGUGUGUGUGUGUGUGACAUUAAAGCGAACGCUCACGCAGAACUUCGUUACAUUAACAUUUCACAUCACUUUAAAGUUAGUCCUACAUGGUACGUGAAGUGCUUACAGAAAAUGUAUAUUGCACAAUGUGAUCAGAACACUGACAUUGGUGAAUACUUCAGCAGAUGAGGUAGCAUUCAGAAAAGGAGCUUCAUAAAAAAGAAACGCUUGUGUAAUCAGUUACGUGUUUGAGCAGGAAGACCAAAGUGCUUAUUUAAAUUUUGUUUAUUCUGGGAUAAAGAAUGUAUUUAUAGAGACUUGCUCUAAAAUCUCUCUUCAGAAAUCCUGUAGUUUGUAUUUUUAUUUUGUUACUGUGCUUUUUGUCCUUUCGUUAGUUACGGCGGUUUUUUCCUCAUGCCUACUAGAAGACAGAGGCGCCGUUUGCUGUGUUUAUAAGCAACAAAAUGUUACGACGUAUAAAAGUGAACUUAGAGAAAGGCUUGUGUUGUGAUGCUGUUUUUUUGUUUGUUUGUUUUUGAUUGUUUAGUUAACUGGUCUGUCCAUGAGGUCUACACUUUUAUAAGAAAAAUUAAACAUUUGAAUUUUGA